AUGCCAGACCCGGACACAGUACCUCCUACCGUGGCGGUGGUUCGCAUCCCGCCAUUCUGGCCCGCAGACCCCGAGAUGUGGUUCGCGCAGGUCGAAAACCAGUUCGCGAUUGCAGGAAUAACCGCAGACAGUACGAAAUUUCAUUACGUGGCGGGCAACCUGGACUGCCGUUACUCUACCGAGGUGCGCAACAUCCUCACUCAACCGCCAGCCAUGGGCAAAUAUGAGAAACUGAGAACAGAGCUAGUCAAGAGGCUAAGUGCUUUGCAAGUGAGGAAAACCAAGCAGCUGCUGGAGACUGAAGAUAUGGGCGAUCGGCGCCCAUCCCAGUUCCAGACAACUUCCUUCGCUCCUUAUGGCUGGACUAACACAUCAUUAGACACGUUGGCCGACGCCAUUGCGGAUACCAACCCCCAGCCACAGGCGGCUGCAGUGUCCUCCCUGGAGGCGAUGGUGGACAAGAUGGCGGUCCUGAUGUCCGCGAAGAUCGGGGAAAUGGCGCGAAUUUGCGGAUACCGCUCCCGCUCCCGCAGUAAGGGCCCGCCAGGAGCCUGCUGGUACCAUCGCCGUUUCGGGGACGCAGCCCACAGGUGCGCCACGCCCUGUACGUACCAGACGGAAAACGACAAGGGGACGCGUUGA